GGACCUAAAGAAAGAAAGCGUGAGGGGAGCGCACAUGUUCGGAUGUUGUUUCCUUCGGACUGAUCGCCACAUGCCGCGUCUGCUGGGAGUGAAACUACAAACGAUCAGCUGCUUUCUCUGGGAUGCUUUAGAAUUUGCGGCCUGCUCAGAUCUCCGGUUACCGCAAUGCCACGGGCUAGAGGAGAGCUGGGGGGGAGAGAGAAGGUGGAGAGCAGAAAGCAGCAAAAAGCAAACGAGUAAUAAUAGCAAUAAUGUGAAGAUUUAAAAGGAAAAGAAUUGCCCAAUUUACCUGCUUGUGUUUUAUUAAAAGAACGUCUGGGCAGGAGAAUGGCGCAGACUGUACUCUAUAAGCUACAGUGGCUUGUGAACUGUAUGGGGUGAUAGAGACACUGUGUGGACUUAGUAUAAAGGCUGAAACGUCAAAUGAGGUGAGUAUGGUGGCUGCGACUGUGUAGUAGCUCAUUUCUCAACUUUCUGCUGACAAAGUUCUUGGACUCACUGACUGGACUAUAAUGCGCACCAUGGGACAUUGCGCAGGACCUGCCAGUGGAGAAUUUGGUGCAUAACUGUGACAGAGUCGAGCUCUGAAGCCAGCAUUUAUGUCUCUCUCUCUCUCCUACUCUCCUGUGCUUCUGCCCACACAACUUGUUUUAUGAACCCACUGUAAGCGUAAAACCUCUCCCUGCCUCCUCCACAAGCCAAACAUGCCUUCACCUUCAGACUCCAGCAGCGUGGCUUCGGCCUCUGGGUCCCGGGGUUGGUCAGACAGCCGUAGGGGCAUGUCGGGCCGGGGGCCUGGUGGGGCCCGACUGCUUCUUUACCUAGGGCUGUGCCACCUGGGCUUGGGAGCAAUGGUCCUGGCCUUCUCUUUCACCAGCAUGGCCUUCACCACCACUCCUCGCGUAAGGCAGUCCUGUCCAUUCUGGGCUGGUUUCUUUGUGGUGGCAUCGGGGAUUGUUGGAAUAAUCUCAUGGAGAAGACCUCUGACGCUGGUGGUGUCACUGUUUAUGCUGCUUUCUGCAGUGUGUGUGAUACUCAGUCUGGCCGGUUCAAUGCUCUCCUGUCAGAAUGCACAGAUGGUCAAAUCUAUGUUCACCUGCAAGGUGGAAAAUGGUCUGUGUGUGUGCUGUGCACGCACAGACCCCUGCUCCAUAGAUGAGGAGAAGCUGAUCCUCAACCAGGAUACUGAGUGCCACUCAGUCAGAAAACAGCUGAAGGACCUUUUGUUCAGUGCAUGUGGUCUCAGCAUUCUCUCCACCAUAAUUUGUACCCUGUCCACCGUGACCUGCAGUAUCCACAUAUUCUCCCUGGACCUCUUGCACCUGCUGGCCCCACAUCGCUCUCGGGCAGUCAAUCCAGAAUGCACCACUCCUCAGGAUGCCUUCCUGACCAACAUCAUGGACUUUGAGGAGUUUGUUCCACCCAUCCCUCCACCCCCCUACUAUCCUCCUGAGUACACCUGCAGCUCUGAGACAGAUGCACAGAGCAUCACCUAUAAUGGCUCCAUGGAGAGCCCUGUUCCCCUCUACCCCACUGACUGCCCUCCUCCUUAUGAAGCUGUGAUGGGACAGAGAGCUGCCAGCCAAGCAACAGUGUUUGACCCCCAUGGCACUGAGCUGUCUGGAGAGAGAGGAACUUCUACUGCCUUCAGUGGAGAAGUGUCCAUGGACAGUGGAUCUCUGUUAAUGUCAGAGAUUGUGGACAUCCCCGAUGAUUCCUCCCCCUCUGAGGACUCCUGCCUCAUGGAGGUUGGGCUGAGGAACCAGGGGGAGAGGAGCAACAGGAACGCUAAUGAGGCUGGAGACGGAGGAGACGGUGGGGAGUAUAUCAACUUAGGUGGCCCACCAUCUCAAACACCAGAGAGUCCUCUGGCAGGAGGGCCGAGAGCCAGGCGAUUCAUCAGAGGAGAGCGGUCAAACUCCUGCUCUUCACCCAGCACAGCUACCACCACCUAUAGGUCUCCAGUACUGCGGCGCCAGGCCAUGCUGGCUAGUAGCUGUUCUCAGCUGGAAGCAAUAGGGAGUUGCACCUCUAAACAUCAAUCCUCCAUCCCAGAGAUUCAAAUUCACCCGUCCACCCCCUCAGUCCAAGGAGCCAUCCCAGCCUCUUCUGCUCUCCUUACUUCAUCCUCCUCUGCUGCCAGUGAGCAGUUUAGCGGGCAGCCCCUUCCGCGCCAACCCCUCUAUCUUCGACGAAGGGCUGGGAAGAGUGAAAGAGAUGGAGAAAAUGUGAGAAAAGACCGGGAAGGCUUUCUGCGCCUUGUGAGGUCACUCAGUGAGCCAGGCCUGGGUUCCUCUACUGAGACAGUUGACUUUGGCUCUGGAAGCAGCAAGGCAUCUAUAGACACAGGUCCAUCCUCUGAAGCGUGUCUGUUGCCCCGCAAUUCUGUUCCUCCGGUUGCUGCUCUGCCCAGGAAAGGCAGCAUCAAACUGGCAGCCACGGGAGUCCAGGUCCCCUCUAAACCCGCACCCGCCUCGCCAGUACGUUUACCUAAAGACUGCCACCGUUCUCUCGGAGACCUUAAGGUCACUCGGGUUCUGGUGGCUCGCUUCCUGCAGCGCUCCAAACGUAACCUGGCACCCUCAUCCGAGCAUGCUGGCAGCACAGGGCAGGGGCCUAAGAGGAGGAGUGGAGCUGACGGUGCCAACCACUUGCCCUUGGAGCAGGUGUUGCGGACGCCUUGGAGCACAAGCCGAGGACAACCCAACCAUCAUUCCCAUCAUCCUCAUCGCCGUGGACAUCACCAUUCCCACAGUGACAGUCGACACAACCGGCACCACAGCACCCGGGCACCUGAAGGGAUCCACCUGCGCAGCUGUGGAGAUUUAAGCUCUUCUUCUUCAGUGUCACUACGUCGAUUAGUGACGCCUCAUGCACCACAUGGGUCAUCAGGAGCUCUCUAUUCAGAGUCUGCACUGUGAGGAGAAGAGGACAGUGAAGUAGGGGUGGAGGAGGAAGAUAGAUGGCAUACAAGAUGACAGGAUUGUAGGGGAAACUAUCUAGUAGCCUAUUGAGAUAUUGUCUUCCCACCUUUAUCUCUUCUUCACUUCCAGUUCUUGAAGCCAGCUGUGCAAAUGGCCUUAUUUAGUGGUGCUCUCUAUCAUGUGAACAACAUCCUAGAGCUCCCUCACAGACUAACAGCAGUGCUCACUAGAUGUUUAUUUCUGACAGUCUCUCUUUAGAGAACAUACCAAUCAUUGGCCAAGAUCAACCUACAUCUUUUCUGCCAUACGUUGACCUCCUCCCUCUCAAUAAUCAACUGGAAAAAUCUUGUCCUCAAGACUGGAAACAGAACUCGACUAGCAUUCAACCCACUUUCAUUUACUUUCAGUCUGUUAAACAAUGGUUUGCAAUAUGCUUCUGGCCCUUUUGUACAUUGCUAUUCAUUCACAGGAUCGUUCAGGUGAAGUGAUCAAGGAAAACUCUUUGUCUUCCAUUGAUUGAACAAAAUGCAUCAAUACACGUAUAGUCAGCUGAGUACAAUGUAAGCUAAACUGAUAAAGUAACACGUGAGGACAAAUGCUUUCACAUUGCUGAGUUGCUAAUUUUGUGUUUUUGUAAUUCAAUCACACUUUUUCCACCUACACUAUGGCCUUCAAAAAUAAGGCAGCCAGCAUCCAAACACUGACAAUAAUGCACGCCACAGACACAUGCUCAGCCUUUGAAAUGCACUCUCUGUGGGUGGCCCCUGGACACGGUCAUUUAAUUUGCCUGUGCGCAUGUUUUACUACAACCGGCGAUACAGCAGGAACCCUGUGCAUUAAUUCCUGACUGUCUGUAAUUAAGUAACAUGUCCUUCAGAAUGUCUUUAUCUGCAUGUUUUGACUAUGCUUCUUUUUUCCCUCUUGCACCCAAGCCCUAUGAUAUUAGACAUUUAAAAUGUAUUUGUUUUCAUAGCUAGCUCUAAGGACAAGGAUCUGCAGCGCUCCCAGUUUCCUGCCAGAUGGUUCCAAACAUGCCUCUGUAUCCAGUUUGAAUUUAAUAGAGUUUGAAUAUGUGACGCUGGCUAAAGCAGCUCGAUCCUGUAAGAUAAAUAGGUGUAAAUUGUGCUCUGAUGACAUAAAGAGUCUCUUGCAGUAAAAGUACAGAUGAAUUUGUGGUCAGGCUUCACAAAAAUGUGUUAGCACAUGUCCCUGUGGACUCUACGAGUUACUGAUGAUUAGUUGAAUGAAAAAAAAAAACAAAAAAAAAAACAAAUCUUCCAGACACUCUUGUGACAGGGAACUUAUGAUGGGUCUUGCAGCUCUGGGUACUGAAUUUUGAAGUGUAAUAAUAUAUUUGUAUCAGAUGGGAUUUCUUUUUUUCUUUAGAAAGACUUUCUGGUGUGCUCACUAAGUGAUGAUACUGAAUCCGUAUCAGUAAAGGCACAUUUUGGAUACACUCAUAUGUAUGUAACUAAUUUUAAAAAUUGACACACAUACACACAGGCACAUGCAUACACUUAUAAAGGCACUGAGCUGUAUUUCUACCUCCUGUCUUGCAUAAAAUGUAAUUUAUUUAAAGAAAUGUAUAUCUGUAAUGCGGGCUUAUCGGGACAGAGCCUUGAAACCUGAACAAUAAAUGUAAUCUAAAUAUGACACCUA